GCAACCCUGGAGUGGAAUUUCACUUCCUGUAUCUCUCUCAGGUGACUCACCUGGGCAAUGUCGUCGACAGACCAGUAGGUUUUUGUCGACAUCAAACGGAGGAAUCUGUGAGAGUUUCAGAGUUUGAGAGGAGCAGAAUCGCGUGGACGUUUUGAUUUACCUCAGGGUGCAAAGCAGGAAGUCAGGAGGUGCUUUUACUCGUAUUUGACGCCAGGUUCAUCAGAAGAAAGACGGUGUUGGGUGCCUAAACACACCUGGAACUAGUUUCCUUUUUUAAAAUAUUACAUUGAAGUAGUAUUUCUACUCACAUAACGGUGGUUUUGGUUUAUCUGUGGAUUUCACCGGCGGGAAAUCAAAAGAGGACUUUUAAAAUGUUUUCCCUCCUCAGAGGACAAUAUGGAGCGUGUGUGUUGCUCCUAAUGCUGCUGCGACACUCCGCUUCUGGCCAGGAGGUGGGUGAGGAAUGUUUGGCACAGUUUAAGUCGGGUAAGGAGGAUUUUGUUCUCGAUGCCGAUGAGUCUGUGAAAGACGGGGCCACCUUCAUUUCAUCACCGAAACUGGAGCGAUACAAGGACUGCGUCAGCGCGUGCUGCAAAGAGUCAAGGUGUAACGUCGCCUUAAUGGAGAAAGGAUCCCAGGAGGGUUUGGUCAACUCCUGCUUUCUGUUUGACUGUCUCUACAAAAAGAAAUACGUGUGCCGCUUUGUCAGGAAGAAAGGAUACAUGAAUUACAUCCUGGGCUCUGUUUAUGAGAGCUAUCUUCAAGUGGAUAAUCCUCCAAAUGAAUCAGACCAUCCACCUAUUGCAAACGGAGGUCAGGACCGUGUGGUCCAACCACAGGACACUCUGAUGCUGAAUGGUAUGGCGAGCAAAGAUGACAAAGGGAUCGUGUCCUACCAGUGGCAAAUGCUCACCACAUACCCUUAUGCUGUCAUUGAGAAAACCUCCUUUGAGGACCAAAUUGAGGUGUCCAAUCUGACAUCAGGAGUGUACAAGUUCCAGCUGACCGUCACAGACACGAUCGGCCAGUUUGACUCCACCAAGGUCACCGUCUUGGUCCUGACUCCGGAGCAGUCUGAGCACCACUGCAUGGCUCCAAAGAAGGUCGGACCGUGCCGUGGGGCCUUUCCUCGCUGGCAUUAUAACGCUGCGUCCGAGAAGUGCGAGGAGUUCACAUUUGGGGGCUGCAGGGAAAAUCUCAACAACUAUCUCACCAAGGAAGAGUGUGCCAACGCCUGCUACGGCUCAGAAAAAAGCAGUAAAACUGGUCGAGGUUUUCCAGUUCCUGACUCUCUAGGAGAAAAGUGUGGAGCCCCGUGUACCACCGAGCAGUUUACCUGUGAUAACGGCUGCUGUUUGGAUCCAGGACUGGAGUGUGACUCAACUCCACAAUGCAGCGACGGCUCAGAUGAGCAGAAGUGCGAGGACUUGGACAACAAGUUUCGUAUCCUGCUGACGAUUCCAGUUGAUGAACAAAAAGUGCGCUGCACAGAAGUUCCUGACACAGGAAGUUGCAGGGAGACCAUCACUAAGUGGUACUACAACCCCAUCCAUCAAAGCUGCUUCCGCUUCAACUACGGUGGCUGCCAAGGAAAUGAGAACAAAUUUGACUCUGAGAAGUCCUGUAUUAAAGUUUGCCGUGGAGUAACAGUAAAGGAUGUGUUUGCAAGGCAGAGAGAAUUUGAAAGAAGGGUGUCUGAGAGCGAAACAGGUAUUCUAGCAAUUGCAGUCCUCCUUGGUGCAGCCAUCUUCAUCCUGCUGUGCAUCCUGGUGUACUGCCUCAUAAAAGGAAAGAAAAAGUCUCCCCAACACCAGCGUGUGGCUGUCAACAAUACUCCAGUCAGCUUUGAGGACAGAGAGCGUCUGGUCUACAACAGCACCACCAAACCCAUCUGACCCCAUGGUCUUGACUUUUGACCCCCGUCCUGCUGUGUCACACCACUGAACAAACUCAGAUUGAUGAGAGAGGAAACAAUGACUGGAGAGGAUCCAUUUUUAUUUUUGUCCAUAUAUGGAUAUAUUUGUAAGGGUGAUACAUAAAGAAGGCAGUGAUGUCUUUUAAUUUUACAUUUAGCUCGUUUUUAUGCUGUUAAAAACAUUGUUGGAUAUGAGCUUUUACUCAGGUUGAAAAGGAAGGAUUUCAGUCAUGCAGAGGUAGGAAAUCCUUAGAUGUCACACCCUUUUUAUGCCUGUAUUAUCAGGUUGAAUACAGAAUUAUUUUCUACUUUGUUGUCAGUCACUUUAUUCAAAAGUCUGUUACUGCAGAGUAAAAGUCUAGGGCCCCGUCCUUCCUCUUAACACUGAGCUCUGGAAAAUAGUGUGGAUGUGUACCCACACUCCUAAUCAGCUUCCUAAAAUCCUGCCACAUCAGCUUCCCAUUGUGUCCCUUUGUUUCUAUGUUAUGUUACCCAUUACUCAUACAUACUCAGUGUUGUACAUAGUCUUUAACUUUGAGAAAGAUAUUUCACAGAAGCUUAUUUUGUUGUUUUAGAUGUGUUUUUAGAACAAGCAUACUGCAUACAUUCAAUGAUGCUUAAGGAUACAUUAUAGAGCAGCCUUGUUGUUGAAUAUUCAACAUUUUAAACUUUGUAUAUAUGACCUGAUGUAGGUUUUCCUGUAAGUUUGGCCUUAUUGUGACAUAUAAAAUAAAAAUAUCAACUCAAAAGUAUUUUUGUUUUGUGAAACAAAUAAGCUUGAUUUUGAAUAAAAACGGUCUUCAGUUUAACAGGAAUAUUGUAUAUUUACCUUGUAAAUGGUUAAACCCCAUUAUCAGAUUUGUAGUUUGCUUUUGUGCUCUUAUUAAAAUAAAAGCUUGUUAUGCUGCCACACUGGUGUCUGCAUAAAAAAGA